GGAAGAUGGUUUGGUUGAAAGUUGGCAUUUGCAAGUUGAUGCUCAUGAGCCAUUAGGGACUGCCGAUCGUCUUGUUCCCCCUGCCAAGGCAAGCUCGCAGAGUUCCCCUGAUGUGUCUGCUGAAGGACGGCCCUCAACUUUUAAGCACUCGUCUUGGCCGCCCCCUUGGUGUUCCGAUGUUGCGACGUUGCCACAGCCUCUUGGGCAGCAAGCGACCAUGGCCUCAAGCGAAAAAUCGCCGCUUCCAGGCCUCCCAGGUUUCGAUCCGGACAACCUGCAGCCAUGGACUGUUCAAGUUGUUGCUUCGGUAACUACACUGGCAGUGGUUGCUGUCAGCCUGCGAAUUUUGAGUCGGAAGUUGAAGCACCAGCCACUCUGGUUGGACGACGGGAUGAUCGUCUUCUCGCUGUGCUGGAACAUUGUGGUCGUCGGUUUCAUCUUCGCCAUGUACUCGGCGGGGAUGGGCAUUCACGCUGACAAAGUCGAGCCCGGGUCCAUCGUCAUGAUGGCCAAAUGGCUCGUCGUCGCGGAGGUUCUCUAUGCGUGGAAUCUCGGCUGGACCAAGACAGCGCUGUUGCUCAUGUACUACCGCAUAUUCCAUCUUCCAUACUUUAAGAGGAUGGCAUGGAUAGUCGGCGCGUUCGUCUGGGCGUGGGUGCUCUGCAUCACCUUUCUCUUCAUCUUCAUCUGUGUACCCGUCCAGAAGCUCUGGUACCAGGAUAUCCCGGGACACUGCAUCAACCAAGUUGGCACAUGGAUUGCCAAUGCUGCCUCCACAAUCCUGACCGAUCUCAUAAUCCUUCUUAUGCCGCUACCGCAGAUCUGGAGCCUGCAAUUGCGCAAGACGGAGAAGAUUGGUCUUACUCUGGCGUUCUGUCUGGGAUUCUUUGUCGUCUUUGCUUCUGCCUACCGAACGAGCGUCCUCUUCACAUACACCAACACAGACCCGACAUACACGCUCGCCCCGACCGUCGGAUGGACUGCCAUCGAAAUGUCCGCCGGCAUCGUCUCCGCCUGCCUACCGACGCUCCUCCCCAUCGUCCUCCUUUUCCUGCGUUGGUGCGGCUUCAAGCGCGAUCCGUCGGCGAUUCAGGUAGACGGCGACAUGCCCUUGACUUUUGGCGGCUCCGGCAGCAAGGACUCCCAGGGGUCGAAGGGUGGUAGGGGCAAAUGCUCCUGUGGGAUGGAUUCGGCGCUGCGAACACAAAACGAUGCGCGAGGGGGCGAUACGUCGUUCUACAGACUGCCGGACGACACAGAGUCUGACAGCAUUGUGUCAGGGAGGGUGAGAGCCGAUGGUGAGGUGCCGACAACGUAUCUGGACUCGAGGCUGCGACCAGAUGUACGAGGGCACGAGCAUACGACUAGAAGUUUCACAUCUGGCGGACAUGGCAACACCAAGAACAACAUCCCCAUGCACUCGAUCCGCGUGGACACCGACUUUCAGCAGUCCACUUACAAACACUGAUUAUCCGAGACUGAGCUUAGCGUUCAAUGUUGUUCAGACGGCAAAAUCAUCGCCUAGAACGCGGCGCUGACGAAUGAAGAGAAAAGAAAAUGCAUGGUCGUUUAAUUUCAUAAACACAUAGAUGCCUUAGGAUUUUAUGCCCCAGG